AUGGUCAUUGAAUUCUACGUUCUCGAUACACUGAGGUCAAAAGUUUUCAUUUUGUCUCAGGUAUUUUUGGGCAAGGCUCCUGGACGACCUGGAGAUCCAGCUUGUCCUGGGUGUCCUGGUUGUCCACGUGGUCCCUUUGGUCCAGCUGGUCCUGGUGCUCCAACGCCUCCUCCGUAUCCUGGUUGUCCUGGUGCACCGGAAUCUCCUUGUGGUCCUGGAGAUCCUGGAGCUCCUGGUGGUCCUUGUGGGCAUGGACGACAUGGUGGUGGAGUGAUUGGGUGGCAUGGUUGUGCUGGUGGUCUUCCUGGAUUUCCUGGAAGUCCUCCGGCUCCUGGACGUCCUGGUCUUCCUGGCUUUCCUGGAGUUCCAGCUGGUCCAGCUGAUCCUGGGAGACAGCAUCCAGAGCAAGAUCCUGCAUUUCCUCCAUUAUUGCCAGCGGAAGCGAAUGAAUCAACAGAUCCAGAAUCAAAGUCAUAUCCGGCUUGGCGAGCAAAACGAGUGUUGUUGUUCUUUGGAUUAGAACGAAUAUGA